AUGGCGCAACCAGCACGAUCGCCGGCGACCGGCCAAACCUCUCCCACUCCCAUAAGUCCUACAUCUCCAGGAAGAUCUAGCAUCCCAUCUGCCAUGCAAGCCAUGCCUGAUUCCCGCCAACAAAGUUUCGAAGAAAUCUACGGACCUCCUGAAAACUUCCUCGAGAUAGAAGUCACCGACCCUCAAACCCACGGCAUCGGCCGCAGCAUGUACACCGACUACGAAAUCAACUGCAGCACCAACAUCCCAGCCUUCAAACUACGCAACAGUACCGUGCGACGCCGCUACAGCGAUUUCGAAUACUUCCGCGACAUUCUCGAGCGCGAAAGUGCGCGCGUGACGAUCCCUCCCCUACCCGGAAAAGUCUUCACGAAUAGAUUCAGUGAUGAUGUAAUUGAACAUCGGAGAGAGGGUUUGGAGCGAUUCUUGCAGAUCGUGGUUGGACACCCGCUUUUGCAGACGGGAAGUAAGGUUUUGGCGGGUUUUGUGCAGGAUCCAAACUGGGACCGGAAUGCUUGGUGA